AUGGACGCUCCGACCACCCUAGAGCCUGUCUCGGAGUGGGUGAACAAUGUUUCCUGUGAGGAGAUGCUGUGGCCCUUCGACACAGGCUACCCGAACGACAUGCAGCCUCUUCUCGGCGAUAUGACAGGAUUCGACUGGAACACGAACUGGAAUCCAGUGCCGGUAGCGGAGCGAACACAGUAUGACGGGGCCCAAUUGUUCCCUGAUCUUGGCAACUGGCAGGGCGAGUCCGGGGACGGGUUGAUGGAUGCGGCGAGCGCUGCAAAUCCUGUGCAACACUUGGCGACGAUUAUCGAGAGGCUGGAAGGGCAGGUUGCGUCUUUUGCGCAAGAUGUGGCACGUCUCGAGAGCAAACUAGCAAAAGUGGAACGUCUCGAAGAGAAUAUUGCACGUCUCGAGAGAGAACUAGCAGAAGCGGCGGUCAUGAUCACGGAUACGAGGCUGCACCAGCAAGGAUGUUCUCCGUUGAUGAAAAAUUCUGGAUUCACGAUACAGCCAGUUUCGACUAGAAGACGUCGACGGCACAAAAAGCAGCCGACGCAGGGCCCGUAG